AUGUCAUUUGUUAAAUUCUAUGCUCCAUGGUGUAGUCAUUGUAUUGCAUUACAACCAGUGUUUGAGGCAUUGGCUGAUGAAUAUAAAAGUAAGAUGAAUUUUAUUGAAAUAAACUGUGUAAAAUAUGAAGAGUUUUGUCUUGACAAAGGGAUUAGAAGUUUUCCAGAAUUGAGAAUGUACGAAAAUGGGAUAAAAAUUUCAGAAUAUGAAGGUCCUAGAGAUUUGACCAAUUUAGGGAGAUUUAUUCGUGGAGAAAAAAUCGGAAAGCCAGAAAGUCGUGUUUUAGAAUUAACGGCAAGUAAUUUCAGUGCUGUUGUUGAUGAUGAAACGAAAAAUGUCGUUGUAAAGUUUUAUGUUCCUUGGUGUAACAUCUGCAAGAGUAUUCAAUCCAAAUACGAAAGAUUGAUUGAUAUAUAUAAAAAUGAAAAAGAUGUUAUCAUAGCACAAAUGGAUUGUUCUGAACAACAAAACAAAGUCAUAUGUUCUGGUAAGUUUGGAAUUCAUGGAUAUCCAACAAUUACAUUCUUCCCAAAAGACUUUAAAUAUGGAAAAGAUUUUAUGUAUGAACAUGAAGUUCAUGUUUAUGUCAACCGAAUAAAUAAAGAAUUUAAUUAUUUCCGUAUGGAGAAUGGACAAUUAAAUAAAUAUGCAGGAAGAAUUCCUAAAAUUGAUAAGUUAUUGCAACAAAUAUCAAAUACUACUCAAUUAAAAGAAGUGAAAGAGAAAAUAAAACAAUUAGAUAUACAUAACAAUUAUAUGCCAAUCCUUUCAAAAAUAUUAACAGAAGGAAAAGGUUUUGUUCAUGAGAGGAUUGAAUCUCUUAAAAAUAAAAUCCAAGCAACAACUGGUGAAGAACAAGAUAAGGCAAUCAUAGAAUAUAAUGUUUUAGAACAAUUCAAAUGA